CAUUUUAUUCCACUUGCUCAUUACUUAUGGGAGGCCAGAAUAUUUUCCAUAGACUGGUAGACUGUUUAGCUACUUUACAACACCCAGAGUUGCUAAUCAGCAUUGUUUCAAACAUGUGUUCAUAUGUCAACACUUUUGCCUCUGUCAGAAAGUUAAAUAUGGAAACUUUUUUUUUUCCUUUAAGAAAUCAGAAAUCCAAAUAAGGAGAUCACAUAGCACUACAGAUUCCUCUAGUGAAUCCAUUCCAACUCGUUCCUUAGAAAGGCUGCACAUGAAAGAUCAAGGGGGCCACUAGGGACUUGGUCUCAAUCCAAAAUAUCCAGUAAGGGUCUUUCAGAGUUUAAAAUUAUCUCAAAUCAUUCAAGUGCUCACUCUACUGCAUCGGCAGGGCUGUACUCAUCUUCCUUCUCCACUUCAGUACCUUUAGAAGAAACUACCAUUCUGUUCUUCACAAGAUCUUCAGUUUUGUCAAAGACAACACUAUACUGUAACAAAAAUGGAAGCUAUCAAGAAAAAGAUGCAGAUGCUAAAGUUAGAUAAGGAGAAUGCCAUUGACAGAGCAGAACAGGCUGAAGCAGACAAGAAGGCAGCAGAGGACAAGUGCAAACAGGUAGAAGAUGAGCUAAUGGCCCUGCAGAAGAAGUUGAAAGGAACUGAAGAUGAAUUGGACAAAUACUCAGAAGCUCUUAAAGAUGCCCAGGAAAAACUGGAGCAGACUGAAAAGAAGGCAACAGAUGCUGAAGGUGAAGUGGCAGCUUUGAACAGACGCAUCCAACUAGUGGAGGAGGAGUUGGAUCGUGCCCAAGAACGCUUGGCCACAGCCCUGCAGAAGCUGGAGGAGGCAGAAAAAGCAGCUGAUGAGAGCGAGAGAGGUAUGAAGGUUAUUGAAAACAGAGCAAUGAAGGAUGAAGAGAAGAUGGAAAUUCAGGAGAUGCAGCUGAAAGAGGCGAAGCAUAUUGCUGAAGAGGCUGAUCGCAAAUAUGAGGAGGUUGCCCGUAAACUGGUCAUUCUGGAAGGUGAACUCGAGAGAGCUGAGGAACGUGCUGAGGUGUCGGAACUUAAAUGCAGUGACCUUGAAGAGGAACUAAAGAACGUUACUAACAACCUGAAGUCCCUGGAGGCUCAGUCAGAGAAGUACUCUGAAAAAGAAGAUAAAUAUGAAGAAGAAAUCAAGCUUCUCUCUGACAAACUCAAGGAGGCUGAAACCCGUGCUGAGUUUGCAGAAAGAAGUGUUGCUAAACUGGAAAAAUCUAUUGAUGAUCUGGAAGAUGAGCUGUAUGCUCAGAAGUUAAAGUACAAAGCUAUCAGCGAGGAACUUGACCAUGCUCUUAACGAUAUGACCUCUUUGUAACUAGCAAUUCUCCUAGCUUUGUUCGAUGCUCUUUAAAAAUUUUCGGCCUGUAAUGCCGAUCUCUGCACGCAACCCUUAACAUCAAACUUUUAGCUUGUUCUGUAAAAACUGAUUUAAAUAAAAACAACUUUAUCUUGCUGCCUGUGAA